AUGAAUCGAUCAUAUUCUAUUAAUUGUUAUCCAUCUGUUUCGCCAAUUGUAAUUAUUGUUAUUACUGCUUUCUGUAUUGUAGCCAAUUUUUGGCCAGUAAUUGAGGCUACCAGUACUACUACCACUUAUAUUACGAAUGCUUUUAAUUCUACAAAAGAUAUCAAAAAUCAUGACAUUAAGCAUGUUCCAGAGGUUGAAGGUUACCAGAGUAAGACUGGUCUAUCUAUUCGUAAUACGGAUAAUAUUCAAAUUUCAAGCUCACAAUGUCCAAUUUUUUGCGAAUGUGAACAUGCUGUUUGGGAUAAUGCCAUUGAAAUUUCCAUAUAUUGUCAUGAAGGUGGCCUGGAACAAAUGGCAUUUUCUAAACUUCUCAAACAAAUCUCCAGAGAAGUGACAGUUUUGGAUGUUGAAGCACCAUUGGAUCAUCCAAAUCAUCUUCUCUGGGAUGAUAAUUUAAAUCAAUUGCGACAUUUACGUAUCUUACGACUUGUCAAUUGCGCUAUUCCAGCAAUAAGUCGUGCUCUGAAAUUACGAAAAUUAGAAGUACUUGAUCUUCGUGGAAAUCGAAUUCAGCACUUGCCAGUUUCCAUAUUUUCCGGUGUACCAUCCAUACGAGAGCUUAAUUUAGCUAAAAAUUCAUUGAGUGUCCUACCAACAGGCGCUUUUACAUAUCUUAAAAAUUUACAAAUUCUAUCACUAGCACAUAAUAAUAUUACCGAAGUUACGGUAAAUCUAUUACAUGAUCUGAAAAAUUUGAAAUCACUUCAUCUGGAUGGUAAUCGAAUACCUGUAUUAGAAUUUAAUUUACUUUUUCCGGAUAUUCCACAACUGGAACGAUUAGAACUGAACGAAUGUGGCUUAAGUAUAGGAGCCGUAAAUGAUUUAGCACUGGAUAAAUUUCAUUCCCUAAAACAACUUGGCCUUGCAGGUAAUAUGCUUGGAAAGGUACCAAUAAGUGCAUUACGUAAUCAUCUAAACUCAUUAAUCACUCUUGACCUUAGUGAUAAUGACCUUGUUGAAAUAGAAUCGGAAAUAUUUGUAAAGUCAAAUAUUAGUCGAUUAUUACUAGCUGGUAAUCACCUUGGUACCAAUCCUAAUGCGCUAUCAUUCAAUUCGCUAAAAACAGGGACGGCGCUGCGUGAAUUGGAUUUGUCACGUAAUAGUUUUGAACAUUUCCACUCAGAAUAUCUUGGAAUAGCCCGAGGAACUGUGGAAAUUUUACAUCUUAACAAGAAUCAUAUCAGUAGUAUUGAACAAUGGCUAACAGCAAAUAUGACGAAACUUAAAAUCCUUCAUUUGGGAUAUAAUUUUAUUGAACAUUUACCGAGAAAAUUACCCAAUGAAUUUGCGCAAUUGACAUUUCUCGAUCUAUCGGGGAAUCAACUUUCCUCAUUACUGGAACACCUCCGAGAAAUUUUACCAUCACUCCAGAUGAUAGAUAUUUCGGAAAAUCGAUUUACAUCAUUUCCAGUUACGGUGAUUCAGAAUUUUUUCAACAAUUUGGAAAAAGUUAGUUUCUUUAAUUUGCCUCUUUUAACAGAGCUAUUUUUGACUUUUUUAACAUAUAACUCAUUAAUGGUCUAUGUAUUUCAUUUUAUAAUAAAAUAUCACAAAUAA